AUGGCAUCAUCAACGUUCACUCAAAGAUGGACAUCCGUCAAUGAUUUGACGGCAAAUAGCAACAAGAAAAACCAGUUAACUACAUUUUUUCUACAAGCAUCAUCAUCACCAGAUUCUAAUAAAUUUACAUUUACAUCCCGACCUUCACAAUCAUUGCUCUCACUAAUCGAACCAUCAUCAUCACCUCCUCCUCCUCCUCCUCCUCGUCCUUAUCCGCGCCCUCGUCCUACUGGCCCAUCUGAACAAACAAAGCCAGUUCCAUCUCGUGUUGCUGAUAUUAUUAAUCGAUUCGAAUCUCAUAGUCUGUCAUCAAUGAAUAAUAACCCAAACAAAGUAUCUCCUUCAACUCGUAAUAUUUUUACUCAACUAUCUGAAGAAAAUUCAUCUAGAAAUCCACCUGUUAUUGGACGUGAAACUUCUUCAAUUUACAUUCCAUUAAAUUCCAAAAAGGAUAAUAAACCACAACCGAUUAUUGUCUAUGAAAAGAUAAUUCAUUGUGAUAGAUUAUAUAAGUCUAAAUCAACAUCUCCAUCCGUUGCUCCAAAAAGUCCUUUAGAAAAAACAUAUCUUCAAAAUCCAAUAAUACCUCAACAAAAUGUUGAAAGUGAUACUGAUUCUGCUAUACAAACAAUGCCUGCUGUGAUAAAAAAUGAUUUAAAUUAUUCAACUACAAUAUCACGUUCAAGCACAUCUGAUUCAAAUUGCUCAUCUUUGUCUUCAUCUGAUUCUUCGCAAGAUUUACAUUUUGCUCUUUCUCCAAUAGCUUCAACACAAAAACAACGUAAUAUUAGUUUUAAUUCAUCAUAUUCUAAAGAAACUGAUUCUCAUUCUUCACCACCUACAACAACGUUUAAUCGUACAAUACCUACAACAACUUCUAUAGUUAAUGAAAAUUUUGAACCAUCACAAACACAUUCACUUACGACACGAUUUUGCUCAUCUGAAGCUAAUAUAGCUGGUCAAUAUCGUCAAUUAUCUUCUGAUGCUAUUCAAUCAGAUACAUAUUUAGUGCACAAUUCAACGAAAAAAACAUUUAUUAAUACAAAUCUGCCAUUAAAAUACAAACGAGAUUCACUUGUCCGACUAUAUGGGUAA